AUGACUAGUAAACCAAAUGAUGAAGUUUUUCAAAAUUUAGAAGAUCCCGGUGAAUGGCCUAGUAAAUUAAGCGUUAGAGAAAGAGAUAUAAUUAUCAAAAAAGGCCCAAUUGAAAUAACCAAUCACGAUUUUCCAAUAAAAUCUAGUGAUAAUGUAGUAAAGAGAAAAUUCACAGUUGAACAUUAUAAUAGAAUUUUAUCUAAUGGCGAAAAAGUUAAACGUAGAUGGUUAAUUUAUUCAAAGAAAAAAGAUGUUGUCUAUUGUUUUUGCUGUAAACUUUUUGGAAAUUCAUGUGGUAGUAGUUUGGCAGAUUAUGGGCUGGACGAUUGGAAACACAUUUCAGAGAGAAUAAAAAGUCAUGAAAAUUCUCAGAAUCAUUUACUAAAUACUGAAAAAUGGAUUAGUUGUGAAAUAAGAAUGAAGAAAAACAUAACAAUUGAUAAACAAAAUUUAGUAUUAAUUAGAAAGGAAACUGAACAUUGA